AUUUUUGGACCACGUCGAUAAGCAAAAGGAUACAGGUGUUAAAAAAGAUUUGUGUUUUUUUUUAUUCAUCUAAUUAAACGAUAAAAAUGGCUAGAACAAAACAAACAGCUCGUAAAAGUACUGGUGGAAAGGCGCCUAGAAAGCAACUGGCAUCAAAGGCGGCACGUAAGAGCGCUCCAGUCACUGGCGGAUUAAAGAAAGUACAUCGAUAUCGACCUGGUACUGUUGCAUUACGUGAAAUUCGAAGAUACCAAAAAAGCACUGAACUUUUGAUUCGUAAGCUGCCGUUUCAACGUCUUGUACGUGAGGUAGCGAACGAAUUUAAAGCUGAUUUACGAUUUCAAUCGAGCGCGAUUUUGGCGUUACAAGAAGCAUCUGAAGCUUAUUUGAUUGGUCUAUUUGAAGAUACUAAUUUGUGUGCUAUUCAUGCCAGUCGUAUAACAAUCAUGCCAAAAGAUAUUCAAUUGGCCCGUCGUAUUCGUGGUGAAAGACAAUAAUUAAUGGCUAGUAAUGCAAAACCAUCAGAACGGAUAAAAA